AAGCCAUUAUAACUAAAUGAAUGGAUUUGGGCAAGAGAGCUUUUAGAGGUGUAGGUAUCAAAUAGAAAAAAGAAGGGAUGCAAAGUGCUAAAACUGAAUUAGACGAGGGGGAAAAGCCAAAUAUGGUUUGUGUGUGAGAAGUUCGGAGAAGCUCUUCUGCUACUGGGAACUGGGUAGCCAAGAGUUUUGCCAGAAGCCAUGGAAGCAGCAAAACGCAAGCGAAACUCUGCCGAAUACGAAGAUGAUGAAUACGAAACCUUCAGACUGCCGCCGCCAUCCUCCGCCGCCACAAACGGCGGCAUCGACCUAUCACUACUCGAAGCCCUAGAAAAAUCUCAACAAAACCCCGUGGAAGCUCUCGAUCUCAAGACAGUGAAAAAAUUUGUCCUUUCAUUCGAACGCCGUCUUAAGGAAAACAUUGCUGCCCGUCUCAAGUACCCGGAUCAACCCGAGAAGUUCGCGGAUUCCGAAGUCGAGCUCCACGAAGAAAUCGAAAAGCUUAAAAUCGUCGCUGGAGGCCCAGAGUUUUACCCGGAGCUUGUAAGUCUCGGCACCGUUGCUUCAGUCACCAGCCUCCUCAAUCACGAAAACACGGAUAUCGCUAUUGACGUUGUCGGCUUAUUACAAGACCUAACUGACGAGGAUGUUCUCGAGGACAACGACGAGCCGGCGCAAGUGUUAGUUGAUGCAUUGGUGGAGAACAAUGCGUUAGAAUUACUCGUUCAGCUUCUAGGAAAAUUGUCCGAUUCCGAUCCCGACGAGUCCGCCGCCAUUUACAGUAUACUCGCGACUAUUGAGAAUUUCAUUGAAGUGAAAACCUCGGUGGCUGAGCUAGUAUGCGAAAGGACGAAGUUAAUGAAGUGGUUAUUGACAAGGAUAAAAGUUAGAGAAUUUGAUGGAAACAAGCAGUAUGCAUCGGAGAUUUUGGCGAUUCUGUUGCAGAGCAGCGCGGGGAAUCAGAAGAGAUUAGGGCAAUUGAACGGUGUGGAUGCAUUGUUACAAGCUGUGGCAAUGUAUAAAUCAAAGGACCCUAAGUCGCCAGAUGAGGAGGAGAUGGUGGAGAACUUGUUUGACGCGUUGUGCUGUUUGUUAAUGCCGUUGGAGAAUAAGGAGAGGUUUGUGAAAUCUGAAGGAGUAGAAUUGAUGAUCAUUAUAAUGAAUCAGAAGAAAAUGUGUUAUGGGUCGGCUAUAAGGGCUUUAGAUUUUGCUAUGACUAAUUAUCCUCCAGCAUGUGAGAGGUUUGUGGAUGUAAUGGGGUUAAAGACUGCUUUUCCAGCUUUCAUGGGUAAGAUACCUCUGAGCAAAAAGAACAAGAAACGCUACAAAGAAGAACUGGAAGAGCGUCUUGUAUCAUUAGUUGCUUCCUUAUUUGGAGGAAUCUUGAGAGGUUCUAGAAGGGAUAGAUUGUUAAGUAAGUUUGUGGAGAACGAGUGCGAAAAAAUUGACAGGCUUAUGGAACUCUACAUGAGAUAUUCCAAUAGAGUGAAACUUGAGGCUGAACGGUUUGACCAGCUAGAACUUGAUGAUUUUGAGAUGGAUGAAGAUGAGAAGUACAAUAGGAAGUUAGGAGCUGGACUUUACACUCUUCAGGUCAAAAAUUUUGUGGCAUCUUUAUUUUUGUACCUAUCAUCUCUUCUACGGCACAUUACCACCUCAGAUCUUUGGCAUUCUUAUCGUCCUUCCUUUUUCUCCCUGAUCCUGCAGUUGAUAGCUGUUAUCCUGGGUCAUCUUUGGACCUCUGAGCAUCCUCGUAUCAGAGCAAGGAUUGAACUUUUGCUAAAGCAACAAAAGCUGACUAAGCAAGACGUAAAAGAUAUACUUCAGGAAUAUCAUGACAACAUAGGAGAUCUGGAAGGGCCAGAAGAGAAGGAAAGGGCACAAUCCAAGAUUCAAAGGUUCAUCUUGGCCUUUUGACCCAUGAUAUGGUUCAACAGUCAGAGCACAAGUUUUAUCCUUAGAAUGCUGUGUUGACUCUGGCUAUUUGAAAUGCGCAUUGAGAUUUUAUAUGCUCAGUUGUCUACAGUUGGCCACAUCACUGUAUUCGUUCAUGUAAUGUGUAAGAGCUCAGAGCUGUCAUCAGUUAUUGAGGGUUAACAUUUUUGGCUUAAUUUGUUCGUAUUGAAUGGAAGUGUAAUUUGCAAUACUUCAAUUAGUCGUUUUACCUACUGUAAGUGUAGUGCUUUGUGGAGCUUGUUAGUA